AUGGCCAUGGAUGCACAAGAUGAGGAGAGGCCGCUGAUCCAUCACCUGUCACCACAGGAUGAAACUUCUGAAUUCACUAGCGAUGGGACGGUUGAUAUUAGCAAUCUGCCUGCCCGGAAGCAGAGAACUGGGAAUUGGACAGCAUGCUUCUUUAUUUUAGGUGCUGAAUUCACUGAAUGUGUGGCCUUCUUCGCAAUCUCAAAGAACUUGGUCACUUACCUCACGGGUGUUCUCCAUGAGAGCAACGUCAAUGCUGCGACGACCGUGUCCACCUGGAUUGGGACUGCAUUCUUCAAGCCCCUCAUCGGAGCGUUCUUGGCUGACACAUUGUGGGGACGAUACUGGACAAUAGUAAUCUUCAUCUCGGUAUACGUCAUUAAAGACUCUGUUCUGUUGCCAUUGCCAGUGCCAGGGGAUGAUGAUCCUGACUGGUUCAGCUCUUCUUCCACUGCUGAUGGGCUUGUCCUACAACCGCGGCAUUCACCGCCUCACCGCGUACCUGGGCCUCUCUACCUUGUUGCUCUCGGCAACGGUGGAAUUAAGCCAUGCGUCAGCGCCCUUGGUGCCGAUCAGUUUGACGCGGCUGACCCAGUGGAGCGGGUGACCAAGGGCUCCUUCUUCAGCUGGAACUACCAUUUGGUGCUGCCUGAAGACAGCUCUGCCCUGCAUCAGGUGCCUUCCCCAACUGAAGGAAAUCAUUGCAAGAUCCAGCAUACAAGCCAAUUCAGGUUCCUUGACAAGGCAGCAAUUGUAGCGCCAUCCUCCAGCGACGGCGAGAAAGGACCGAUAAGCCCAUGGAGACUUUGCACGGUGUCCCAGGUUGAGGAGCUGAAGACAGUGCUCCGGAUGUUCCCUGUGUGGGUGUCGAUGGUGCUCUUCUUCGCGGUCACCGCCCAGAUGUCGUCGACCUUCAUCGAGCAAGGCGAGACCAUGGACAGCCACGUCCGGCCGUUCAACCUGCCGCCGGGGUCCCUCGCCAUCUUCGACAUCAUCAGCGUCAUGUUCUGCAUACCCAUCUACGACAGAGUGUUGGUGCCGCUGGCCCGGCGCGCCACGGGCAAGGCGCGGGGCCUGUCACAGCUGCAGCGCCUGGGCGUCGGCCUCGCGCUGUCCGUGGCCGGCAUGGUGUACGCGGCGCUUGUCGAGGCCAGGCGGUUGUCGCUCGCCCAUGCAGCGCCGGACAGGCAGCCGUCGAUGAGCAUCAUGUGGCAGGCGCCGGCGUUCGCGGUGCUCGGCGCGGGGGAGGUGUUCAAGGCCAUCGGCACCCUUGAGUUCUUCUACGAUCAGUCGCCGGACGGCAUGAAGAGCCUCGGCACGGCCCUUGCUCACCUCGCCACCGCGGCAGGCAACUACUUCAACUCUGCCGUGCUCGCCGCCGUGGCGACCGUCACGACGCGCAACGGGAAGCCAGGGUGGAUUCCCGACGACCUGAACAAGGGCCACCUGGACUAUUUUUUCUGGUUGAUGGCUGUUCUCGGCGUGGUGAACCUGCUGUACUUCCUGCAUUGCUCCAUCAGGUACAGAGGCAACGGCAGCAGCAGCACAUACUCUUGA